AUGUAUAUACAGAGAAAGCAAGAAAUUAAGAAGAAUAUUAAAAUAGAAUGCCAAAUAGCACCACCAAAUAUUGUUAUUCUAGAACCUGAAGAAAAUCUGUAUUGUAAUAAAAAUGUUUAUAAUAUAGCAAAAAUGUAUUAUAAUGAUGUUGGACUUGAUAGUAAUAGUAGUCUUGAUUUAGCAUCUGAUAAGGCUAUCUUUUAA